AUGGAUAACCAGUUUGGGCAAUCAGAUCAAUCGGUAUAUUCCCAAGUAUCUACUGAGAAUAGUCCGCCACUGGGGAAAGGUCGCUCGCCUAAUGAAAGUACGAAGAGGCAGUCGAGUCAUCCACGAAGUCCUCAGUCAAUAAGCAGAGAUCCGUUUACCUCAUCUCCUACCUUCACACACUCAGAUGAUGCUUCAACACCGGACUCAUGGCGACAGCGACAAACUCCAGCGCCCAGUGCCCUUCGUCGAUACCCUACCCGAAGGAUUAAUUUGGUCCAAGGCAGCGUCCUGAGCGUAGAUUAUCCAGUACCCAGCGCUAUCCGGAACGCUAUCCAACCAAAAUAUCGUGACGCUGGAGAAGGAUUCACGGAAGAGUUCACACAUCUUAGAUAUACAGCAGCUACUUGCGACCCUGACGAGUUCACCCUACGCAAUGGAUACAACCUACGGCCGUCCAUGUAUAACAGGUCUACAGAAUUACUUAUCGCCAUUACCUACUACAACGAGGAUAAAGUGCUCACGGCGCGGACCCUGCACGGCGUGAUGCAAAAUAUUCGGGACAUCGUUAAUCUCAAGAAAACAGAAUUCUGGAAUAAAGGAGGGCCAGCCUGGCAGAAAAUUGUCGUUUGUCUUGUCUUCGAUGGCAUUGAUCCUUGUGAUAAGAACACGCUUGACGUCCUGGCCACUGUUGGUGUCUACCAGGAUGGAAUCAUGAAGCACGAUGUAGAUGGCAGAGAGACUGUUGCUCAUAUUUUUGAAUACACAACUCAACUAUCAAUCACGCCAUCACAACAGUUGAUUCGUCCUCAUGGCGAUGAGCCAACCACUCUGCCACCGGUCCAGACGAUAUUUUGCCUCAAGCAGAAAAAUAGCAAAAAGAUCAACUCACACCGAUGGCUCUUCAAUGCGUUCGGCAGACUCCUGAACCCUGAAGUCGUUAUCUUGAUCGACGCCGGCACAAAGCCAGGACAUAAAUCUCUACUUGCUCUUUGGGAGGCAUUUUACAAUAAUAAAAACCUUGGAGGAGCAUGUGGUGAGAUUCAUGCCCUGCUAGGCGAACGCUGGGAGAAGCUCUUGAAUCCUCUAGUGGCUGCACAGAACUUUGAAUACAAAAUCUCCAAUAUCUUAGACAAGCCUUUGGAAAGCGCGUUUGGCUAUGUUAGUGUUCUACCAGGCGCAUUCUCUGCUUACCGGUACCGAGCUAUAAUGGGUCGGCCUUUAGAGCAGUACUUCCAUGGGGAUCAUACGUUGUCUCAAAAGCUAGGCAAAAAAGGAAUCGAAGGAAUGAAUAUAUUCAAGAAGAAUAUGUUCCUGGCUGAGGAUCGCAUUCUCUGUUUUGAGCUCGUUGCGAAGGCGGGCUCUAGAUGGACGUUAACAUACGUGAAAGCUUCCAAAGGGGAAACAGACGUACCAGAAGGCGCCGCAGAAUUUCUGAGCCAAAGACGACGCUGGCUUAAUGGCUCCUUCGCGGCAAGUUUAUAUUCAGUCAUGCAUUUCAAUCGCAUCUAUAAGAGCGGACACAACCUCCUUCGUUUGGUUGCUUUUCACGUCCAGUUACUUUACAACAUCUGCCAGCUCAUCAUGACCUGGUUUUCCCUCGCAUCCUACUGGCUGACCAAUUCGGUCAUUAUGGAUAUUGUAGGGACUCCAAGCGCAACAAACAAAAACAAGGGCUGGCCAUUUGGGAAUGACGCGACUCCUGUCGUUAACAACUUCGUCAAGAUCACUUACCUUGUCUUCCUCAUGCUCCAAUAUAUCCUUGCUCUUGGAAAUCGACCGAAGGGUUCGAAAGUCGCAUAUACAUUAUCCUUUAUCUACUUCUCUAUCGUCCAGCUCUACAUCCUCGUUCUAUCAUUUUAUCUUGUAGCGCAGGCAUUCAGCGGCGGGAAUCUGGACCUCAAUUUGGACGACGGGGUCGGAGGUUUCAUCGGAUCUUUCUUCACUUCCACCAGCGGACUUGUGCUGAUCGCAUUAGUUUCGACAUAUGGAAUCUAUUUCCUAUCCAGCAUCCUCUACCUUGACCCAUGGCACAUGCUCACAUCCUCAUGGGCCUAUUUUCUAGGAAUGCCCUCAUCAAUCAACGUCUUGAUGGUCUACGCCUUCUGCAACUGGCACGACGUAUCCUGGGGCACCAAGGGGUCCGACCAAGCGGGCUCACUCCCAUCAGCCCAGACGAAAAAGGCCGAUGCAAAGACGAACUUCGUUGAAGAGCUAGACAAACCACAAGCAGAUAUCGAUACUCAAUUUGAGUUCACCGUCAGACGGGCUCUUUCCCCGUGGCAACCGCCCGAGGAGAAGGAGGACGCCAACAUGGAUGACUCGUAUAAGCGCUUUCGGACCAAUCUCGUGUUACUAUGGGUCUUGAGUAACUCGUUCUUGGCACUUUGUAUCAACAAUGAGGGUAUCAGGAAUCUUUGUUUGACGACUUCUUCGACAGGUCGUACGGCCUGGUAUUUCAAGAUCAUUCUUUGGGUUACCUCCGCAUUAUCGGUUUUCCGGUUUAUAGGCGCUUUAUGGUUUUUGGGCAAGACUGGUGUUUUGUGCUGUUUUUCGAGACGUUGA